GUUGCACUGGGUUUCCGAGAGGCGCAAGAGGAGAAACCGCAGUGGGAGGCAGUUCAAAGAGCAAAUCGAAGAUUAGAACUACAGUACACCGUAAUUAGAACGCUGGUGGUGUGCGACCUACAUGCAGGAUAGAACACGUUCGGCAGCAAGCGUAUUAAGUCAGUGAUUGACAUUUUUUGUUAGAUCGCCUGUUAAAAGAAGGCAGCGCAACAACGAUCAUCAUCAUCCAUCUGCAUCGGUGCAUGCAUGUCCGAACCGCAUGGCCUGUGUGCGACCGUUUGGCCAAAAGUUGUAUUUGAUGCCCUCCGAGUUCGCCUGGUGACCGAAGUUCUAUGGUGGUGAGGUUCAUACGAGGGACACUGCAGCGCCUUUUAGGCUUAGCAUUUGAAAAGAAACAAUUUCUUAGGUGGCCAUUUGUCACAAACAUCAUGUCAGAACUACAGAAUGUCAUAGAAAAAAAACGUGCGCUGGACGAUAGUGGUGGAGAGCAAGAUGCCAAGCGGUUAAAAUCAGAUAUUGAGGCACAAAAUCCAGAACUCCUAAAAGUGAAGGCAAAGAAGAUGGCUUUGUGCAUGUGUUACAAUGGAAAGGACUAUCUAGGAAUGCAAAGGAAUCCAGGAACAAAGACAAUAGAGGAAGACCUGCUUACUGCUUUGUACAAAGGACAGCUCAUACAGAGAGAGCACAUAGACAUUCCACAAAAUGUGAAGUUUCAGCGUGCAGCUCGUACAGACAAAGGAGUCUCUGCUGUGAGACAAGUGGUGUCGCUUAAACUACCCACCAAUAUCACCAUCGAUGAAAUGGUGACCAGGAUCAACAGCCAUCUAGUGGAUCAGAUCAGAGUCAUUGAUAUCAAGCGCACAACAAGAGGCUUCAACUGUAAAAACAACUGCGAUUAUCGCACCUACAGUUACAUGUUACCAUCAUUUUCAUUUGCGCCACCAGGAGUUACACCUGAUGAAUCCUAUCGCAUCUCAAAUGAAAGAAUAGAGGAAGUAAAUAAGGUCCUAGCACUGUACAAAGGUUGCCAUAACUACCACAAUUUCACAUCAGGAAAGAAAUCGGAAGACCCAAGUGCAAUGAGGUUCAUGAUAUCUAUAGAGUGUGGGCAGCCUUUCAUUCAGGGGGAUAUAGAGUUUCUGCAGAUUAGGAUCAAGGGCCAGAGCUUUAUGCUUCACCAGAUACGAAAGAUGGUCGGCCUGGUCAUCGCCAUCAUGCGUGGGCAUACAGACCAGUCUACGAUUCGCCGGGCAUGGGGCCCUGAACGACUGGACAUCCCCAUUGCACCACCACUAGGCCUGAUGCUUGAACACUUGCAUUACGACCGCUACAACAAGCGCUACGGUGGAGAUGGUCUGCAUGAGCCACUCUGUUGGGAGGCCAAGCAGGACUUGAUCCAGGCAUUCAAGGAGAAGCACAUCUUCCCCACAAUCGUGGAGACAGAAAAAAAUGAAAAGUCAAUGUUAAACUGGAUGGAGAACCUGCCACUCCACUCUUACGAUGUACGCGAGCCAGGACCGCCGACACUUGAAGAUGCAGAGCUAUGCGUUAUGGCUGGCAGUGAUGAUGAUGGUCCAGAUGAUGAGAAAGAAGUUCAAGAUUGCAGUUCCAAGAAGGAGAACACGGAGAGUGCAGAGGAGUCUUUGAAGCUCAUAAAAAAAAGUAUAUAAUAAAAUAACCACAGCCAA